UCAAACAAACACAGAGCUACCAGACGCAAAUCAAACAAUGGGAGAAGCAACAAUUCUUUACUCAUUUCUUUCUUUUAUCUUUCUCAUCAUUUGCUUAAACUUGUUUCAAUCAAGAAAACACCCCAAAAACCUCCCUCCAAGCCCACCAUCACUACCUGUAAUUGGCCACGUUCACCUCCUAAAACCCCCCAUCCAUCGUUUGUACCAUAGUCUAUCACAAAAAUAUGGUCCAAUCUUCCACCUCCACCUCGGUUCUCGGCUUCUUGUUGUAGUAUCAUCUUCAACCGCAGCAGAGGAAUGCUUCAGCAAGAACGAUAUCGUUUUUGCCAAUCGCCCCAAGUUUAUCAUAGGCAAACACUUAGGCUACAACAAUACCACAGUUUCAACAUCGUCUUAUGGUGAUCAUUGGCGCAACUUACGUCGAAUUGGUGCCAUUGAAAUCUUCUCAUCAAGUCGUCUAAACGCCUCCGUGACUGUUCGAAAAGACGAAAUCUGGCGCUUGCUACUAAAAUUGUCGUGUGAUUCACGUCAAGAGUUUGCGAAAGUGGAGCUGAAAUCUAUGCUUAAUGACAUGACCUUUAAUAACAUAAUGAGGAUGGUGGCAGGGAAACGGUACCAUGGAGAUGAAGUGACGAAUGAAGAAGAAGCAAGAGAAUUUAGGGAACUUAUAGCAGAGGCAUUCAAGAAUAGUGGAACAGCAAAUCCAGCAGAUUACUUGCCAAUAUUGAACUGGUUUGGUGAAGGGUUUGAAAAGAAGGUGAAGAAGGUUGGAAAAAGGAUGGACAGGUUCUUGCAAACUUUGGUUGACAAUCACCGAAGUAAGAGGCAGGAAAAUAAUAGUAUGAUUGAUCACCUUCUUUCCAUGCAAGAAUCUGAGCCUCAUCACUACACUGACGAAGUUAUCAAAGGGUUCAUAUUGGUGAUAAUACUUGCAGGAACUGAUACAUCAGCAGUCACAAUAGAGUGGGCAAUGUCCAAUUUGCUAAAUCACCCAGAAGUGUUGAAGAAGGCUAGAGCUGAACUAGACAAUCAAAUUGGUCAAGACAACCUGAUUGAUGAACAAGAUGUUUCCAAGCUACAUUAUCUUCAAAGUAUUAUAUUGGAGACACUUCGAUUAUACCCUGCAGCUCCUCUUCUGCUUCCACACAUGCCAUCUAGUGAUUGUACCAUAGGUGGAUACAACGUGCCACGUGGUGCCAUCGUAUUGGUGAAUGCAUGGGCCAUUCAUAGGGAUCCAACACUAUGGGAUGAUCCAACAAGUUUUAAGCCAGAGAGAUUUGAAAAUGGCGAGAAAUUAGGAGAAUAUUCUCACAAGCUAAUGCCAUUUGGGUUAGGAAGGAGGGCAUGUCCAGGAGCAGGCCUGGCUCAGCGAAUGGUGGGAUUAACUUUAGGAUCUUUGAUUCAAUGCUUUGAGUGGGAAAGGAUUGACGGCAAGGAAAUUGACAUGACUGAAGGAAAGGGAAUCACCAUGCCUAAAGUUCAGCCAUUGGUUGCUAUGUGCAAAGCUCGUCCCAUCGUGAAUAAGGCUUUUUAUAAAUAAAUUUGAUUAAAAAUGUUUCAUUAUUUAUCAUUAGUUGGGUGAUUAUAUUGCAAAAAUAGGCGUUGGGUAUCUAUCUAGUAAAGAUUUUAUUGUAGUAGGACAUAGUUAAUGUAUUCUUUUUCUUUUUUUUUUUUAAU